AUUAUGAUUUGUAUUUCUGAUUACACAAUAAAUAUAUCAAGUAGUUAUUACACAAUCAAGAUUAAAAUGUUUAAUCCUCAAAAAUUAGUUCAUAUCAUAUUAAGUGAUCAUGGAUUUAAGGCAUAUCCAAAGGGUAAGAUGACAUUUGUCAUUAAAAUAAUACUUUAAAAUACAUUAAAGGAGGAAAAGAUGAAUCGAGUGGUGAGGGGAUGGGGAGAAAAGGGGAGGAAAGAGAAGAACUGAACUUAGGCCAAGAAUUAAAUCAGAAAUGUCACUGACCAGCUGGACCUCUUUACUUCAGGGUAGACUCUGCUCCUCAGUACUUGUACUGAGUGGUAGCUUACUACACAAAUAGUCCCAUGUGCACCAUCAAUUUGGUGGCAGAUUUCAGUAUUGUUACUCAUGCUAGUCCUACUAAACUUGGGGUGCUACCCAACCUAAGGACAUCAGAAUCUGACCCAUAAACUUUGCAGAAUAAGCUAUCACUCAGUGCAGGUAUGGAUGGCAGAAUCAGGUUCUCAAAGACAUUUGGAGGAAAGAGAAUAAGAAAUGUAUUUCUUGAAGUAAAUUCCUAACCAAAUCUUGCCAAAACAUGGGCAAGCUUUCCUUGCUUGAAAGAAAUACUACACUUUUCACAUACUUUCUCUGGGUACGUUUAAUAGAUCCCAGCUAAUUUGCCUAUUUUGGGGCUAUCUCCAUUAGCCUUAUUACUACAUCUCUUAGAAUAACUUGUUUCUGUUGCUGGAAUCUGAAACAAUAUCUUUGGAAGAACAAGUUCCUUCUCUUACUCCAGGGAAAGAUUUUAACUUGUCAUUGUACAAGGUGCAGGGCUUAUAUACCCCAUCAGCGUUCUCUGAAAUUUCUGGGAAAUCCACAUAUAUUCAGCAAUCCAUCACUCAGAGCCAGUGUGCAGAUUGGCCCCAUGUAAAUAAUACAGAUGCUCAGUGACAGCCUCUUGAUUUGUAUUGCUUCACUCAUGCAAAAGAAAAAUAAAAUAAAAUAAAAUUAAGGUAUAAAAAGUGAAGGAUAAUUUACACUCCAGCAGAUAAAAACUGAGAGAGUGUUUGUCUAAAGAGUUACUAAGGUGCUGAAGAGACCAGCCAUGCAGUGCCUAUACAGAGCCUAAUUCCGUCACCCUAAAGCUGAGUGUCACAUUGGUCCAGUAGGUCUAAAGAGUACCUUAAUUCUCUUUUGCAUCAUUAUUGUUAUUAUUAAUCAUUUGUAUUGCAGUAGCACCUAAAACACCAGUCAAGCAUCAGGGGACCAUUGUGCUGAGCACUCUAUGAACACAACAAAAGACUGCCCCUUCUUCAGACAUCUUACAUUCUAUAGCCUCAAUCCUAACAAAAACUUCUAUUUUACUACUGAAAUUUACUACUGGGAGUAGUCCCAUUGAAGUUGCUUGUGGUAGUAAAAUUAAGCAUGUACAUAAGUGUUUGCCGCAUCAGGACCUAAGCUAGGGUGACCAGACAGCAAGUGUGAAAAAUCAGGACGGGGGUGUGGGGUAAUAGGCGCCUAUAGAAGAAAAUGCCCCAAAUAUCGGGACAGUCCCUAUCUGGUCACCCUAGCCUAAGCAGACAUAUCCUCUGCUUUUGACUUAAGACUUGUAAUACAGCAUUAAAUAAAUUUCUCUCCCCCCCCCGCCAUUUUUAUUUAACAACAGAUUUACUUUUAUCUUUAUUUUCACUGCUCUAAAAGUGGAAAGGUAUUUAAUUGACAUGUGUGACUGCACAAAUACAAAUUUAGACACUUUUAAAAAUACAUGUUAACAUUUUAAAGUAUUGUGUGUAUCAGGUCAGUUGCAGUGGAUGAGUUACUACAAAAACUAGGAUUAUACAAUCUGCACUUGAAUGGAUCCUUGCACCUGGGCAGAAUCCCAUUGAAGAGGGCUCUGAAUAGGCAAAAAGAUGGUGCAUGUAGAUUGGAUUGCAGGGUCAGUACCAUUGCCUGGAAAGGAAAAGCAUCAAAAAUAAUUUGAUUGAGAUAUUUAAGAUUGGGAAAGUCACUGUAAAAGUCAUCAGUCUCACCUUUUGACUCCUUACCCUAGCACGAGAACAAGAAUAAAAUCAACUGAGCAAUGAAUUUAGAACAAUUUUUGAAAAAAAUACCUUUUUUGCAGCACAUUCUCAGGCUGAGGAAUUUGCUGCUGCAGUAGGUCAUCAGGUUAAAUACUAUUACUGGAUAAUUUUAUCACUCAUAAUGGGCCAAAUCUUUCUCCUUUAAUCCAUGCAUGUAGUUCUAUUGACUUCACUAAAAGUACUUACUUGUUUGCGAAAGAUACCAGGAUUUAACUGAAUAGUGGUAUGAUAGCUGUACCAGAUAAAAUAACAAAUGUAAUCAAGUCGUUUGCUUCAGAGCAUAUGCUGUUUACUUAAGAGGUUAGUAAGGAAGGAUUUUCCAUUCACCAUUUCAUAAUUAGGUCAGAGCAGUUUCAAGCAACAGAUACUGACUGCUGCUAGAGGUAAAGGGUCAGAGAUGGACCUAUUGUCUUCUCCAAUGUUGCAAACCUUUUGCCCAGUGUAACUGUAGUUUAUUCUGCAAGUAUAUAUUAUAGGACUCUUACGUGUGGGUAUUGAGAAAAUGGGCAGAAAAGCUGCAGAAAAAAUGUGAAAUAUUUGAACUCGUAUUAGUUUUUGAACUCUUCUUCACCAAGCAUGCAAAUGAUUGCCCCUCUCCUCAGCCACAAUGUUGUAAAUUAUACAUUAGUGGUAUGAAUUACAAGCCAUGUUUCUGUCUGGACUGAACUUGGAUAUCCAUUUCUAAGUCUUUCAGAAUAAAAGUUGCUAAUAGAAACCAUUCUUAACAAUAGCAAUAACCCACGAUUUCCUUUAAUUUUGUAAGGAUUUGCAUCUUUUGACCCUUUCAGAGGGGAAAAUGACUAAAAUCAAACUUUGCAGAUGGAAUCCUGAGAUUCAGAAAACUAUAGGUUUUAGUGGCAUUUAGUAAAGAAACCAUUCUUAGACAAAAACUGAGUUGCCAAUGGACUGGAUUAAGGCCUAUGCACUAUAGACAAGCCUAGAGUAAUGCUUAUGCAGUCAAGUAAUGAUGUCAGAAUCUCAUCCCUCAUUAAAAAAGAGUUUCUAGAUCUGUUAAUUACAAAGAAACCUUGAAAGUGACCUGAGUAUAAUGAAAUCAGCGCUGUUAUGAGCAGGACUAGGUUGCCCCCUGGCUAGCUGGAGGGAGGGGACCACUUCUGCUGCUCCCAACUCUCCUGAGGGGGGACCUCUUCUGUAAUCUCUGCCAUUCUCUAGAGGAGGAGACCCAAGAUGUCAUGCCUAUCUCUCUGUGUGGGAGACCCCUCUGCUGUCACCCCACCACUCACAAAGGUAGGGUACCUAGCUGCCAUUGCUCCUUGCCAGGUGGGCAUUCUCUCUACAGCUCACUCUCUCGGUCUCCUCCUUACUCUCCAGAGUGAGGUGGAAGACUCAGUGGUGGAAAGUAGGCAAUAAUAAAUAUGGGAUAUGGAAUGAAUGAGGAGGGAGAGAAAAUGAACGUGUAGAUGGAAUGAGGGAGGGAUAGAGUAAGAGUAGGAAAGUCUUCACUCAGAGAUGUCACAUUUCAGUGUGGGUAGCCAUUGGUUCUGCACACAGCCAAGAAGGAACGCUGGUCCUCACCUCACCCCUUGGUAUAAGAAUGGUUGGGAGAGUUACUACCUCCUUGGAGAUGGGGUUCCUGCAUAUGGGUUGAUUAGGAGAAGCACACACGUUGGUAGAGGUCUCUUGCUGCUGCCAUCCCAUCCUGGUUUUGUUUGGGUGGUGCUGGGUACAUAGGGAGUCCUGCAGUCAGUUGGGGGGGAGGAUGAGUCCUUUCUCCUCUUGGAUGGACCCAAGAUCACCUGGAGACAAGGAGUAGGGAGGAGACCAGAGGUGGCCUAGCCUACUCAAAAGGAAACGGUGGUAGAGCCCCCCACCCCCAGAAGAUUGCAUUUGAGGACCAGCACCCCAAGUGGUGCGACGGUGUGGAGAUCAAGGCUAUGGCAGGGAUCGGACUAAAGGGAGCCCAUGUGGUGGUGAGUCUGGGGAUUGCCUUAAUCUGACCCUGAUUCUGCCAAUUUUACUCACAUCGAACAGUCCCUUACUACACCAGUAAUCUCAUUAAAACCAGUGGAAUAGUGGCGGAAAUGAGCAUUACUCAGCUGGAGUAAAGUCUGCAGAACUGGGCUGAGUCUUAAUAAAUCAGAACUAUCUGAAGUUAAAUCAUCCAUCCUUGUAUAGGCGUAGCAGGUGAAUUACGUGUUGACUAUGCAUGAAGGAGCAAAACCACCAUCCACUUGACGUCCCAGUCACUCUGCUAGUCCAAUCAUGUGGAUUUUAGGUAUCUGAAUAGAUUAAAAAUCACAGCCAUUUUCCAGCAGGGCUUUUCUCAGCAAUUACCUCCCGGAGCCCACUCAGAAACGCUUUCAAAAGGAACACGAUGCCUCCCGGCUUGAUUUCCUCCUCCACCUCCUCCUGAUGCAUCAGCAGCUCCUGCUACUUCCCCCUCCCCGCGAAAGACGGGGGUUUGCCUUUCAGCUAACCAGAGGCUCGAGCAGAGCCGGCGCCUCGCGCUCAGAAGUUGGGCGCGUGGAAACAGGUGCCCUGCGCCGCCGCCUCCCGCGCCUUUCGCUCGGCAGCGCUCCGGCUCCCACCUCGGCCGCCCCCAGCGCCGGCCCGGGCGGGGAGUGCGCGCGCGCUGCGCCGGGGACUGGGGCAGCGCGGGUGCGGCUAGCCCCACGCGCGUGAGAGUCCGCCUUCCCCCGGCGGCGGCUGGCGCCUCGUGCAGCAGCAUCUCCCCAGCGCGGAGCCGGGCGGCUUCGCCUUUUCCUUCAGCUAUUUGCAGCUCGUCAUUUCCGCCAGGCUCCCGGCCGUGCGGGAGAAAGAGACAAGCGUGGAGCUCGGGGAGCUGCCGUGAGGGCGGGGGGAGACCGUGGCUGAGCCCCAGCCCCGCGGGUGCCUGGUUAGCCGCUCACGCCCUCUGCCUUCGGAGCAGUCCGGGGAUCGCUCGGGAGCAGCGGGGGCGGGAGGCCCGAGGCGACGGAGCGUGCAGCAGCUUCCACCCCCCCCCCCCCCCACCCCGAUCCCCGCCGAGCCAGCAACAUGAAUUGAAACCCCGAGAGAGACGCGGAGGCAGAGCCGGCGAGCGGGAGAGGCGCGCGGGGCUGUGGCGGCGUCCCCUCCACUGGCGGGCUCCGGCGCUGAGGCUGGGCUGCGAGCGGGCUCUUGGAAAACCUACUACAGCAGAAAGCAGCCUCCACCUUUCUCCCGCCUCCCCCCCAUCGCCAUCACCUCCCACUGCUCGGCUGCCCGGGAGGACGAGGGGAGUGGGGCAGCGCUUCUCCGCCCGCCCAAGCAGCGGCCAGGUCCCCGAUGGCUCUCAUCAUGGAACCCGUGAGUAAAUGGUCUCCGAGUCAAGUGGUGGACUGGAUGAAAGGUCUUGAUGAUUGCCUGCAGCAGUAUAUUAAGAACUUUGAGAGAGAGAAGAUUAGUGGGGACCAGCUACUACGUAUUACUCACCAAGAACUGGAGGAUCUGGGAGUGUCACGAAUUGGCCACCAGGAGCUUAUCUUGGAAGCAGUUGACUUGCUCUGCGCAUUGAACUAUGGUUUGGAAACAGAAAAUCUAAAAACCCUUUCUCACAAGCUAAACGCAUCUGCCAAAAAUCUGCAGAACUUUAUAACUGGGAGGAGGAGGAGUGGUCACUAUGAUGGCAGGACCAGCCGAAAAUUACCAAAUGACUUCCUGACCUCUGUGGUGGAUCUGAUUGGAGCAGCUAAAAGUCUGCUGGCUUGGUUGGACAGAUCACCUUUUGCUGCUGUGACAGAUUACUCAGUAACGAGAAAUAAUGUCAUACAGCUCUGCCUGGAAUUAACAACAAUUGUACAACAGGAUUGUACAGUAUAUGAAACGGAGAAUAAAAUUCUUCAUGUGUGUAAAACUCUCUCUGGCGUCUGUGACCACAUUAUCUCUCUCUCAUCUGAUCCUCUGGUUUCGCAGUCUGCUCACCUUGAAGUGAUCCAGCUAACAAACAUAAAACCAAGUGAAGGGCUGGGUAUGUACAUUAAAUCAACAUAUGAUGGUCUCCAUGUAAUUACUGGAACAACAGAAAAUUCACCUGCAGAUCGAUGCAAGAAAAUCCAUGCUGGAGAUGAAGUGAUUCAAGUUAACCACCAAACUGUGGUGGGGUGGCAGUUGAAAAAUUUGGUGAAUGCACUACGAGAGGAUCCGAGUGGUGUUAUCUUAACUUUGAAAAAGCGACCUCAGAGCAUGCUUACCUCAGCACCAGCUUUACUGAAAAAUAUGAGAUGGAAGCCCCUUGCUCUGCAGCCACUUAUUCCUAGAAGCCCUACAAGCAGCGUUGCUACACCAUCCAGCACGAUCAGCACACCCACUAAAAGAGACAGUUCAGCACUCCAGGAUCUCUACAUACCCCCUCCUCCAGCAGAGCCUUAUGUUCCCAGGGAUGAAAAGGGAAAUCUUCCAUGUGAUGAUAUUGGCAGACAUAUAGUGGGCAAGCCAGUUCAUAAGGGUUCCGAAUCUCCAAAUUCAUUUCUUGACCAGGAAUAUCGGAAGCGCUUUAAUGUGGUUGAAGAAGAUGCAGUCUUAUACUGCUAUGAAUAUGAGAAAGGAAGAACAGGCGGCUCUGGGAGGAGAGAGAGCACUCCAACGUACGGCAAACUAAGACCUAUCUCUAUGCCAGUGGAAUAUAACUGGGUAGGGGAUUAUGAAGAUCCCAAUAAGAUAAAAAGAGAUAGUAGGAGAGAAAAUUCAUUACUUCGCUAUAUGAGCAAUGAGAAAAUAGCUCAAGAUGACUACAUGUUUCAAAGGAAUAGCAAAAAGGAUACGGGGAAAAAAUCCAAAAAGAAAGGAGACAAGAAUAGUAGUCCAAGUCAUUACUCCUUGCUGCCUAGUUUACAAAUGGAUUCAUUAAGACAAGAAGUCAUUGGUACACCUGGGCCAGACACCACCUACUACCAUACCUUUCAGCAGUCUUCUCUACAGCAGAAAACUAAAAAGAAAAACAAAGCUCCAAUUCCUGGUAAGAGCAAAAGACGGAUUUCCUGUAAAGAUCUGGGCCGUGGGGACUGCGAGGGCUGGCUUUGGAAAAAGAAAGAUGCCAAGAGUUAUUUCUCCCAGAAAUGGAAAAAAUAUUGGUUUGUUCUGAAGGAUACUUCUCUAUACUGGUAUAUCAAUGAGGAGGAUGAAAAAGCAGAGGGAUUCAUCAGUCUACCUGAAUUUAAAAUUGAUAGAGCCAGCGAGUGCCGCAAGAAAUAUGCAUUCAAAGCCUGCCAUCCUAAGAUCAAAAGCUUUUACUUUGCUGCUGAACAUCUAGAUGACAUGAACAGAUGGCUAAACAGAAUUAACAUGCUUGCUGCUGGCUGUGCAGAAAGAGAGAGGAUCAAACAAGAACAAGAUUACUGGAGUGAGAGUGAUAAGGAAGAAGCAGACACUCCAUCAACACCCAAACAAGACAGUCCACCACCCCCAUACGAUACAUACCCACGACCUCCUUCGAUGAGCUGUGCAAGCCCUUUCGUGGAACCAAAACACAGCCGACUUUCAUCUACAGAAACUUCCCAGUCACAGUCUUCGCAUGAAGAGUUCCGUCAAGAAGCAGUAGGAAGCACCACUGAAUCACCUGUACGCAAAACAGCCAGUCAGCGACGCUCCUGGCAGGAUUUAAUAGAGACGCCACUGACAAGCUCCGGACUGCACUACCUUCAGACUCUGCCCCUUGAGGAUUCAGUGUUCUCUGACUCAGUUGUAAUCUCUCCAGAACACAGGCGGCAGUCAACUCUUCCAACUCAAAAGUGCCACCUACAGGAUCACUAUGGUCCAUUUCCCUUGGUAGAGGGUGAGAGAAAGCAAGUGCUAAAUGGGAAUGGGGGCAAACCCCGUAGUUUUACUCUGCCUCGGGAUAGUGGGUUCAACCACUGCUGUCAGAACCUUUCAGUUAGUGCUUCUGAUCACCAGGAAGAUGUACAACAGAAAAAGUUAGAUGAGGAGGAGGAAGAAGGGAAAGCAGCAGCAGAAAACCAAGAAGAUAAAAGCUAAUACACUGCGAGAGUUGAUAGAACCUCUCCAUGCCAAAUCGGAUCCACUUCUCUUGGCACUGAACUGAUUGGACUCAGAUUGAUAAACUAAUGAUUAGAGAAUUUAGAUCGGAGAGAAUUGGCACGACGGAGACUCAACUUCAGCCUCUUGCAAGCAACCUAAUGGCCUCCAUUCAGAAAGUUUAAUUCUUCUUGAAUAACUUUGAUGUUUAUAAAAGAACAGACAUUUUAAAGCAUAGACAACCAAAUGUCUGGAUAUGGGGACUCCAGGAAAGUGUUAAAGGGGCAGACCUAUUACCAGUCUUUUGAAGAAUGCAUCCUUUCCACAAUGGGACUAGGCACAAAAUCAUAUCCUGUCUACGUGGAGCGCAGUUGCAGAAAAUACUGCCCCCUGCAUAGGAGAACAGAAGGGGAAGAGGGUCAUGGCAGGGGAAGGGCUCUGAUGACACACAGUUGUGUUCUGCAGACUUCAAGGAAUUAAAGAGGGAUCAGCUAUGGUAACUAUAAAAUCCUGUUGUUUUUAUUGACUUCAGUGACUUCAUUCAGGCAAAGCAGAGAAAGCUAAUAUAAUUUAAGUGUACUUCACUUAAGUGAAAGAGUUAACUUGCUGUAUCAUACUAAAUUAAGUGUAUUCUUCCAAGUCAAGGUGUGUACAGACUAUUUGGAGACUUAAUAUAUGUUUAAUGAUUUAUACUGAAUUAUCAGAGGGCACACUGAAACUGAUUUGGAUGACGGUGAUGGAGAAGAUACCUCAUGCUGGGAUUUAUUAGACUCCGCAGAUACAAUCUACAAAUCCUCUUUAUCUUCUAGGACUUACAUGUGAGUGAUGCUGCCUCACAGAACAGGCAUCAAGUAUUCUCUGUAUAGAACUCGCACUCCAUGGGGUUGUUUUGGGGCCAGUAUUUGUUUGGAUGUCACUCAAAGUAGAUUCCAAUAUUGUUAUUUAUCAUUAUGUUCUGGCUCCCCUGUGAGUUAAUGUUUGCCUCUAUCUCUGUGAUUAGAAUGUGGAUUUUCCUUUAUAUAUUUGGCUACGGGUGUAUUGUAAUAAUGUCAAUGCUAAUUACUUGAUAUUUCAUAUUAUCUUAUGGAGAGAUACUUUUAAAAAUGUAUUUUGAAAUGUUUUCUUUCUGCUGGCUAAAUGUAUGGUAUUGCGUUCUGUUAAUACCAAUAAAAUUAUAUAUAUAUAUAUAUAUAUAUAGUUAUAUAUAUAUAGUUAUAUAUAAAUAUUUCCCUUUUAUAUAUAAGUAGACUAUGCUUUUUUCCUCACAAGUAAGAAUUGUGCAGUGGAUAAAAUUGCAUCUCUGCUUACAGCAGUAACAAAGCUAUAAUAGUUUUAAUAUUAAUUUUAUAAAAUAAAAAUCCAGUAUACUAUGACAUAUGUGCUAGUUGGAUAUUCAUCAGUAUGCAUAUUGUGUUUCAAUUUAACAUUAAUGGGCCUCUCACAAGUCAAUCUAUAUAUUUAACAACAUGAUUUUGACAUUUUUAAUUGUUAGCAAUCAAGAAAUUGAACAUGCCUAUUAUAGCAAAGUAUGCCCAGUGUUACUUGUUGUUUACAAAAUUGUACAUUGAUACAGUUUUUUGCCUGUUGACCAAACAGAUAAACCCACCAUGUUUUUAUUACUCGCGUAUCCUUAGGAAUUGAUUUUUAAAUAUAAUUUACUGCUCUUUCCAACACUUGACAAAGGCAGAAUUCAUCUCUUUAUAUAAUGUUGCCUUUGAAAUACUUGCUUCUGCCAGUGUCGAUAAAUCAGUGCUAAGUGCAUAAAGAUUCUGCAACCUGAAAGAUUUAUUGUUAAAACCUUGAUGGAAUGCCCUGCAACCUGAACCAGUCCUUUGCAUCCUGUCAUUAAACUCCAGAAUCAGUUAGAAAUUAAAUGUUUUGGAAAUGAAUUAGACUACCAGAAGCCAAGAUAAGAAUCUAAAAUGUCCUUUGGCUGCCAUUUUGGGUUCCACUGAUGGCUCAUUUACUUUUUUUUGCCAAAGGCCAGAAGGAGCUAAUAUAUCUGCCGCACUGUGCAUUAUAACUCAAGCUUCAUUUUUUCCUAUCACAGAUUGUAUUGAAUGAGCAUUACCAUUUUUGAGAGGGAUUCCGAAGGGCUGCAAUUAGCAGCCCGUGACAUUAAUUGCAUACACAUUUGUCAAAUAUUUUUUCUGUAUGCCUUAAAAUAAAGUUUGGAAAAUGGCAGUUAACGUUUCUUUAAUGAAGACAGUUGAUUUAUUCAUUAGGUUAGGGUUUUUAAAGGUAUUAUUUUCUGCUUAAUAAAAAAAAUCUAUAUUACUCAUUGGCAAAUUACCCAGAUUUGCCUCUGCAUACCCUUUGUCCAUAAACUCUGUUACUCCCUUUUCCUGUGGGAAUGCACACACGUAUUCUUCCUAAUGGAUAUGGGACAGAUGUCUCUUCCAUCAUGAUUAUGGUACCAAUUGUGGGAGAAAGUUUUUUUAAUAAAGUGCACACGUUCCAUGUUCAAAAGUUUAUUCAGCAUCUGGACAUUUAAUUGCAUAAGAAAUCUGUGGUAAAGAGUAUAUUGCUGUUAAAUUUUUGUUGUCGUUAUUUUAGGUUUUGUUACCAAAGGUGCUAAAAAAAAGGGCCCAGUCCUAGGUGGUGCUUAGACGAGAACAGACUACAGUGGUGUUGAGGGCAUUCAGCAGCUGACAAGCUUUACAUCUUGCAAU